CCGUCUUUUAAAUUUCGUACUUCUUCUCCAGAAUUUUCUGUUACAAAACGAAGAUUUUUUUUUCAUUUUUUGAAUUCUUCAAUGUUUCAAAAUUCCAAAAGCUCCGAUCGUCGGAUUCUGACUUUUCCGGCGGUUCAUCCAUGCGAAGCAAUUUCUCCGGCGACCCUUUUGGCUUCGUUGAUCGAUCUCUGCCGUCAAAUAUGCAAUCACCAACUGAAAACAUUCGUGACACAAAAACGAAACGCUCGAGAAACGAUUCGACAAAUCGGAAUCUUAUUGAUAUUCUUCGAGGAGCUUCGCGACAUGUCUUCUGAUGUUCUUCCGGAUUCUGUUGUGCUCUGUUUUUCAGAACUUCAUCUCACGUUUCAAAAAAUCUUGUUCUUGUUUGAAGAUUGCUCGCGUUCGAAUGCGAAGAUUUGGAUAUUAAUGAAAUCCCAAUUCGUUGCCACUCAGUUUUGGGUUUUGAUUCGGGCGCUCGCUACGGCUCUGGAUGUACUUCCAUUGAAUCGGAUUGAUACUAGCGAUGAAGUGAAGGAAUUGGUUGAACUAGUUGUGAAACAAGCACGAAUUUCGAAAUUUGGACUGGAUAAAGAUGAUGAACUGAUGAUGAAGCGACUUCAAUCCAUUUUGCUGCAGUUUGAAAAAGGGAUUGAACCGGAUUUGACCGCAAUUAAACGGGUUCUUAGCUACCUUGAAAUUCGAAGAUGGAGUGAUUGUAAUAAAGAGAUCAAGUUCUUGGAGGAGGAGAUUGAUUUUCAAUAUUCGGAUUUGAAAGAACGAGACGUUCAGAUUCUGAGCAGUUUGGUGGGUUUUAUGAGCUACAGCAGAUUAACUCUGUUCGAAGCUCUGGAUUUUUGGGAUAAAAAUCAAACGGAUAUUAAAUGCAAUCCCGAGACGCUGAGUUGUUUAAACCCACAAGAUUUUCGAUGCCCAAUUUCUCUUGAGCUCAUGAUUGAUCCUGUUACUGUAUCUACUGGACAGACAUACGAUCGAGCUUCGAUUCAGAAAUGGCUUUCCGCCGGGAAUUUGCUCUGCCCCAAAACAGGGGAGAGGCUCACGAGCUCAGAACUGGUUCCGAAUACGAGUCUCAAGAAGUUAAUCCAUCAAUUUUGUGUCGACAAUGGGAUUUCUUUGGCUAAAUUCAACGCCAGAUCUCAUGAUAUAACUCGAACUAUAAUUCCGGGGAGUCCGGCUGCUGCAGAAGCGAUGAAAUUCUCAUCGGAGUAUCUUCUCCGGCGACUGGUUUUUGGAACGGAUACGGAGAAGAACAAAGCGGCUUAUGAGAUUCGUUUGUUGGCGAAAUCGAACAUUUUCAAUCGGUCUUGUUUGAUUAAAGUGGGUAUAAUUCCAUCAUUGUUGAAUCUUCUUUCGUCUUUGGACAAAUCCACGCAGGAAAACGCCAUUGCUGCCGUGUUGAAGCUUUCAAAGCAUUCGACUGGGAAGAUUUUAGUGGUGGAAAAUGGAGGAUUGGUGCCUAUUCUCUCUGUUUUAAAAUCUGGGUUUUGUUUGGAAUCUCGUCAAUUAGCAGCCGCGACAUUGUUCUACCUCUCGUCGGUGAAGGAGUACCGGAAAUUGAUCGGCGAAACGCCGGACGCCAUUACAGGGCUAAUCGAGCUCAUUAAGGAAGGAACAACUUGUGGGAAAAAAAACGCAGUGGUUGCCAUUUUCGGACUCUUACUGUACCCCAAAAACAACAAAACCGUUCUUAAUUCCGGCGUCGUUCCGAUUCUACUCGACAUAAUCGCCACCUCCGUCAACGACGAGUUGAUUUCCGAUUCACUUGCAGUAAUAGCAGCGUUGGCGGAGAGUUCAGAAGGAAGCAAUACGAUUCUUCACGCCUCAGCUCUGCCUCUGCUAAUAAGAACUCUGAAUUCCGCAACUUCGUCGCCUGGAAAAGAGUAUUGCGUUUCGGCGCUGCGUUCUCUGUGCAACCACGGCGGCGAGGAGGUGGUGGCGACGCUGGCCGGAGAUCGGUCCAUUGCGGGGUCGCUUUAUUCAAUUGUAACGGAGGGAAGUGCGGCGGCGGGGAAGAAGGCUCGAUCGCUGCUGAAGAUUCUGCACAAGUUUAGGGAAAACGAUGUGGGUGUGAACUCGGCGGUGGAUCAAGAGCGCUCUGUUCGUGUUUGGUGAUUAGCUUACAAAAUUUGAAUGUUGGUUAAUUUUUGGUAUUGUGGAGGUUAGUUUUGUAAUUGAGCUCGAUUUUUAGAAGAGCUCGUUUGGUCUUAUUUGUGUAGAAAAUACAAAAUAGUGUGAUAUACUUGUAUAUAAAACCAUACUUUAUAUUCAGAAAUAUAUACUUUUAUAAGA